AUGUCUGUCAAGAAGUUGAAAUCCCAGAUUCCCUCCAAGCUUAAAAUCCAUUAUGAUGAUGAUUCAAAACCACAUCGGAAACCAUGGUCUGAUGGAUCCAUUAACGGUAGCAGCAGCAACUACCAAGUCGAUGUAAACAAGUCCGGUUAUUUGCACAGCACCUCUGCACUUGCAGAUAUCCAGGUAUCUUUCCAUAGCCUCGACUGGGGACAAAAAAAAAUUUUGGAUUUUUUCUUGAUUUUCCCAGAAAUGGCUACCAUGAAGAAAAGGUUUGUGAUUUACUGGUGGAUUAGCGGGUGCAUUCCAUUCCAAGCAGAACAAGCAGAGCUUCAUGCCAACGUUGAUCAGUUUGGUGAUUUGACGUAUCGAGGCCUCACCUUUUGGGACAGCAGCAUCGUCAACGUUGAUGCGGCUAUUAUUGAUGGAAGACAUGAAAUUAUUUUCAAAAGGGGCACGGAUUUGAAAGUUGUUUACUUGGGAAGGUGGCAGAAUUCGGUCACGCAUCACAUUGAAGUCUCAGACAUUAAAAUUCUCAAUUUUCUCAAGAAUAUGAAACAAUUGAGGGUUCUUAGCCUUCGAGGAAUUUCAUUGAUUACAGAGCUUCCUCAAUUCAUUUCACAACUGACUGGUCUUAAAACUCUAGAUCUCAAAUCGUGUCACAACCUUGAGGUGGUUCCAGAUUGGAUUGGCUUGCUUGAAAAUUUGACACACUUGGAUAUAUCUGGGUGUUACCUUUUAGAUCACAUGCCCAAGGGGCUUGGUGCACUAUCUAAUCUCGAAGUCCUUAAGGGAUUUAUUAUUAGAGAUUCCAAGGACGAAAAGUCAUGUACUAUCAAUAAUUUGACAAAAUUGUCAAAUCUACGAAAAUUGAGCAUAUCCAUAAGUAUGAAAGAAUUUCCAACAGAUCUGCAGCUUCAUCAUUUACAAAGAUUAUACCAUUUAGAGAAGUUGAAAAUAUCUUGGUCAGGAUGCAUUUUACGAGGUAAAACUGAUGAUUCACCUAAGCAAGCACAACUAUUUUCCAAGCAGACAACGCUGACAAGAUCAUUCAUUGAGCAGCGUGAUCCAAAACUUCCUCUCUUAUUGAAACUUCCUUCAUCGUUGCAAAAACUAGAGCUUGAGGGUUUUCCUGAGAUAGAUACACCCGAUUGGUUGCGGUCUAACAAUUUGGACAACUUGAAGAAACUUUACAUCAGAGGAGGACUAUUGUGUAAUCUGGACAAAAUAGUAGCUACCACAGUUCAAAUGUUACAAUUGAAGUACGUGAGUAACUUAGAGAUAGCUUGGGAAGACAUUAUGAUGUUAUUUCCCAAUUUGAUUUACUUGGAGAAAGUAGAAUGUCCCAGGCUCAAUAACUUCCCAUGCGAUGAGAAUGGUUUGUGGAUGAAUUGA